AUGCUUCUUUCAAAACCCACAUCCAUAGAAGAAAUCAGUGAAGACAUUCUCGCAGAAAUUCUUCACCGUAUGCCCUUCACUUCUUGUCUUCCGCUCCUUUUUUCUAACAAACGUUUCAUGCAUCUGAUUUCUCAAUCAGAGUUCCUAAAAUCAUGUCGAGCUCGUCUUCUAUUAUCGCCUCGGUCUAAUUUUCUUCCUCGUUCUUGGGCUGGUGACCGCGAUAAAGUUGGAGUGAAAGCCUCGCAUUAUGACCUUUAUCAGUCUCAAAUUAACUAUAUCGGAUUUGAAGUGGGAACUAAAAACAAGGAUAUAUUUCAUGGGAUUGGUAAUGGAGGAUUGAAGAUAUGUGAAUUUUCAAGGAGAAAUUCAUUAUGUACAAUUCAUGAACUGGUGAAUUUGGAGAAAAGCGAAUGGUCAAGGCGUUGGUAUUCUUAUGGAGAAUUUAAUAUGAAAAAUAUGAACUUGCUGGCUUUUCAUCUUGUUUGGGAAUACAUAAUCUACUUCUACUCAAAGAAAGGGUCUAAUUUUCUUCCUCGUUCUUGGGCUGGUGACCGCGAUAAAGUUGGAGUGAAAGCCUCGCAUUAUGACCUUUAUCAGUCUCAAAUUAACUAUACCGGAUUUGAAGUGGGAACUAAAAACAAGGAUAUAUAUCAUGGGAUUGGUAAUGGAGGAUUGAAGAUAUGUGAAUUUUCAAGGAGAAAUUCAUUAUGUACAAUUCAUGAACUGGUGAAUUUGGAGAAAAGCGAAUGGUCAAGGCGUUGGUAUUCUUAUGGAGAAUUUAAUAUGAAAAAUAUGAACUUGCCGGCUUUUCAUCUUGUUUGGGAAUACAUAAUCUACUUCUACUCAAAGAAAGGUAUUUUCUUAUGUGAUUACCUAAAUCGCACACCGAAGCCUCGUGUACAUGAUACAAACCAACAAGUGGACCCGGACCCAAUAAGGAAGGAUGACCGAAUAGUAAGGAAACGAGCAAGAAAGAAGCCAGCGUGGAUGACUCGACUAUGUCUCUCAAGUUCCAGUUAUGAUAAGAAAAUGUUUUGUGUCAUAGAUUCCAAUGAUAAAACUCAUAUAUUAAAAGGGUCUAAUUUUCUUCCUCGUUCUUGGGCUGGUGACCGCGAUAAAGUUGGAGUGAAAGCCUCGCAUUAUGACCUUUAUCAGUCUCAAAUUAACUAUACCGUAUGCAAUCCUUUUACAAAACAACACGUUGUCUUGCCUCCACUACGUAAGAGAGAUGCAUGUGAAUUUUCACGAGUGGGAUUCAUGUAUGACCAAUCUCGUUCAAGGUUUUGGGUCGUACACGUUCCCAUCGUGUGUUUUGAAGAGGUUAAUAGCUUCCAAAUAAACAUGUUUUCGUCCGAAACAGGUAAAUGGAGUGCUUGUAUUAUCAGUGCCCCAGCAAAUUACGAUAUUUUGAUGACAAACUUAUGUUAUAAGGACAUUCUUAUCCAUAAUGAAAAGUUUGUUUGGUGGAUAAAGGAGGUAGGUUUUCUUGUGUGUGACCCCUCUGAUGGGAGGGAUUUGAAGUGGGAACUAAAAACAAGGAUAUAUAUCAUGGGAUUGGUAAUGGAGGAUUGA